AUGCUUACUAGAACAAUAAAUAAGACCGUGGCUUCUUACUCCACUAAAAGGUUAUUACACUCUAGUUUACCUAGAUUUGUCAAGAAUGAUGAUUCGACCAUUGACAGCUAUAGAAUGCCUUCACAAACAUCAAUUAACGAAUGGGAAUUCAAGUACGAUUUCAUUCCAAAGGUUGCUGAACCAAAAGUUCCCCCACUUACCAGAGAAGCUAUUAAACAAGAUAUUGCUAACGAGAAAAAGGCUCAAGUGGAAAAAGAGAUGUUGAAUCUGGAGGUUAUUUCUGUCAAGGCGGAAGCCAAUGACGCUCCAGUAUUGCACGGUGGUGAAGCUGUUGCAGCAGAACCGGAAUUUUUACAUGAUAGAGGGUCUGAACCUGUGGAUGCUUCAUACGCUUCGCCUAGGGAAUCAGCCAAACCCAAGAAACCUGCCAACAGGGAAAAGUACAUCCAAACCUCCAUCAACCCUCAAAUUAAUCAAUCUGAAGUUGUCAACUUGGGAGCCAGCGAUGUGGAUCAUAAAUCGUCCAAUGUUGAGCAAUCUAGAGUGGUUGAUGACAUCGAACAUGAUAACUUACAUACUCUGGGACAGAAGAACUCCAACAAAUCUGGUUUUGGUGUUGGUGUACCGUUAGCAUUGCUUGGAUUAGGUGCCGGUGGCUACUACUAUUACCAGACGUCAGAGAGCGAUUCUCACAAGAAAUAG